GGAAGAAAGCAGGAGAAGAUAGGGAAAGAUCGGUUUAAAUCCAAGUGAUUUUUCUUCCUGAAUGUAGCCUCCCGCCCUGGCCAAGGUGUUGGGUGUGGGUUCGUGGUGCUGGAGGAAUAGCUCGUUUUCUUGUCCAGAAGGAAUCCCUCCUGCGCUGUCCCUGCCUGACCGGGAGCCUGGAGGGACACACAGGGAGCUCCGGGAUGGAGCCGUGAAGUUCAUCCCCUGCUUUCCCCCCUGCAUCUCCCCCUUGGCACAUUAGCAUGCAGGGUAGGCUCUGGCGUGUAUUUAACGACUCCAUUUGCUCUGUCAGCUCACGGCGCCCUUCUCCAGCCCGCUGGGCUCUGCCUGCCCGCAGCCGCCGCCCCAGCCCCGGCCGGGCGCCCCGGGGAUCCGCGGGGCCGGGGCCGUGCCCGGCUGCGCUGGGCAGCGAGGGCAGAGCGCUGGGAGGGGAGGGGGCAGCGCCGGCGAGCUCCGGCGACAGAGGCAGGGAGAGCCUCCGUCUCGGCAGGAACGAGGGAGAAGCUGUUUAGUCAUCUCUCUAUAUAUACUUUCACAAUGAUGAUCGCAUUUACUGAUUGCUUCUGACUGCAUUUGGAGAGGGAGUCAAGAGGCAGGCAGCGCAGCUCACCUUCCAUCCUGAGGAGCGCCUGCUCCCCCUUCCCUGCCCUUCCCCAGAUUUAGCCCUACUUCUGGGCGCCGAGUGUCUUUCCUUUCCAGAUGGAACUGGUGUGACUCCCAGCAGGUGCCAGCAGCAUCCCCAGCCUCGUCUCCAGUAACACGGCCCGGGCUCGUCAUGGCAGCAGGAGUGGCGGCGUGGUUGCCCUUCGCCAGGGCGGCUGCCAUAGGAUGGAUGCCAGUGGCCAACUGCCCCAUGCCACUGGCUCCAACGGAGAAAAACAAGAGGCAGGAUGAGCUGAUCAUCCUCAAUGUGAGUGGCAGGCGUUUCCAGACCUGGAGGACUACACUGGAGAGGUACCCGGACACUCUUCUGGGCAGCACGGAGAAGGAGUUCUUCUUCAACGAAGACACCAAGGAGUACUUCUUCGACCGGGACCCCGAGGUCUUCAGGUGCAUCCUCAAUUUUUAUAGAACUGGCAAGCUGCACUACCCCAGGUACGAGUGCAUCUCUGCCUACGACGAAGAGCUCGCCUUCUACGGGAUCCUGCCCGAGAUCAUCGGGGACUGCUGCUACGAAGAGUACAAGGACAGGAAGCGGGAGAACGCGGAGCGCCUGAUGGACGACAACGACUCGGAGAACAACCAGGAGGGCUCCAUGCCCUCGCUGAGCUUCCGGCAGACCAUGUGGCGAGCCUUCGAGAACCCCCACACCAGCACCUUAGCCUUAGUCUUUUACUACGUCACCGGGUUCUUCAUCGCCGUCUCUGUGAUCACCAACGUGGUGGAGACCGUGCCCUGCGGCACCGUGCCGGGGAGCAAGGAGCUGCCGUGCGGGGAGCGCUACGCCGUGGCCUUCUUCUGCCUGGACACGGCGUGCGUGAUGAUCUUCACCGUCGAGUACCUGCUGCGGCUCUUCGCGGCGCCCAGCCGCUACCGCUUCAUCCGCAGCGUGAUGAGCAUCAUCGACGUGGUGGCCAUCAUGCCCUACUACAUCGGCCUGGUGAUGACCAACAACGAGGACGUCAGCGGAGCCUUCGUCACGCUAAGGGUUUUUAGGGUUUUCAGGAUUUUCAAGUUCUCCCGCCAUUCCCAAGGCCUGAGAAUCUUGGGCUACACUUUGAAGAGCUGUGCCUCCGAGCUCGGCUUUCUCCUCUUUUCCCUCACUAUGGCAAUCAUCAUCUUUGCAACUGUGAUGUUUUAUGCGGAGAAGGGGUCCUCGGCGAGCAAAUUCACCAGUAUUCCUGCUUCCUUUUGGUACACUAUUGUAACCAUGACAACGCUGGGCUACGGGGACAUGGUGCCCAAGACCAUCGCGGGGAAGAUCUUUGGCUCCAUCUGCUCGCUGAGCGGGGUGCUGGUCAUCGCCCUGCCCGUGCCCGUCAUCGUCUCCAACUUCAGCCGCAUCUACCACCAGAACCAGCGCGCCGACAAGCGCCGCGCGCAGAAGAAGGCGCGCCUGGCGCGGAUCCGCGUGGCCAAGACGGGCAGCUCCAACGCCUACCUGCACAGCAAGCGCAACGGGCUGCUCAACGAGGCCCUGGAGCUCCCGGGAUCCACCGAGGAGGAGCAGCACAUGACUAAAGGCACCUCCUUAAUCGAAAGCCAACACCACCAUCUGCUGCACUGCCUGGAAAAAACAACCGGAUUGUCCUAUCUUGUGGAUGAUCCCCUGUUAUCUGUGCGAACUUCCACCAUCAAGAACCACGAGUUCAUCGACGAGCAGCUGUUCGAGCAGAACUGCAUGGAGAGCUCCCUGCAGAACUACCCCUCGUCGCGGAGCCCCUCGCUGUCCAGCCACGCGGGGCUGGCCACGUCGUGCUGCUCGCGGCGCCACAAGAAGAGCACGCACCUGCCCAACUGCAGCGUGCCCGCCACGCGCCUGCGGAGCAUGCAGGAGCUCAGCACCAUCCACAUCCAGGCCAGCGAGCAGCCCUCCCUCGCCGCCAGCCGUUCCAGCCUCAACAUGAAGUCGGACGACGGGCUGAGAGCGAACUGCAAGGCCGCGCAGAUCACCACAGCCAUCAUCAGCAUCCCCACGCCGCCCGCGCUGACGCCCGAGGGCGAGAGCAGACCCGGCCCGGGCAGCCCCGGGCCCGCCACGAACGUUCCGAGCGCGGCCAACAUCGUCAAGGUGUCGGCCUUGUGAGCCCCCGGGGCUGCCCGGCCCCUCCGAGCCCCCGCCGAGCCCCCCGCCUUCCCUCCCGGCCCCGGCGGCGCACGGAGAGGGCAGAGCCAGCUGUGCCCGCAGCGCCAGCUGUGCCCGCAGAGCUGCACAGCUGGAGAGGGGCAGAGCCAGCUGUGCCCGCAGCGCCAGCUGUGCCCGCAGCGCUGCACAGCUGGAGGGGGCAGAGCCAGCUGUGCCCGCAGCGCUGCACAGCUGGAGAGGGCAGAGCCAGCUGUGCCCGCAGCGCCAGCUGUGCCCGCAGCGCUGCACAGCUGGAGAGGGCAGAGCCAGCUGUGCCCGCAGCGCCAGCUGUGCCCGCAGCGCUGCACAGCUGGGGAGGAGCCGGCACGGCGGCAGAGCCCCCGGAGAGAGCGGAGUAUAACACUGUGUAUCGCAGCACCUUUUUAAAGGUUUUUAAUGGAUAAUAUUUAUUCAUGAGGAAAUGACUGAAAAGGUGAAAAACAAUAGAUUUUGUGAAUUUUUUUCUUUUUUUUUUUUUUUUUUUUCUUCAUGGAGCAGAACCUUUAAACCAACCAAAAUCUCACUGAUUUUUCUUUUCUUUUGUAGGAAAAGAGUUAGACAAAAGAAGCCACCUGUCACAGCAGCCCCGCGUGGCUGUGUGUGUGAGUGUGAGCGUGCAGAGGCGCGGCGGGCACGGCGGUGCCCAGCAGGAGCCCGGGCGUGCCAGCCCCCGUGCACACCCACACCCACACCCACGCCUCCCUCCCCGGAUGCCACCCCCGAUUUAGACUAUUUUGUACCCGCCUUUCAGGUCAAUACAGUGCAAUUGCAAACAGUGUGUUUGUCUGCUAAUUAUUGUCUGUGGAAACAUAUUUGUGGAGAAAAACAAAAACAACAACAACAAAAAAAAAAAGAAGACAGGCUUUAGUAGAGUUUUAGUCCCACCUGGGUAUCUGCUUUCUAUUUUUGUUAUCACUUACUUGUAAGAGUGUGACUAGACUACAGCUCUGUAUUUUUAAAAAGGGAAAAAAACGGUAGGAUUCUUUUUUAAUACUGUGCACACAAAUGGCAAAGAAGGAAAGCACUGAACUCAACUGCAUCAAGCGUUCCUGAGUCUAACAGAGGUUCCUGGUAAUGUAUGCCCAUGCUUUUUACCUUGGUUCCUACAGAGAAUUUCCUUUGCUAGCACUGGACGUGUAACCCGUUGUAAAUAGUAGCCAAAUAAUGUCUGGAUUUAUACUUGAUGAUAAUUACCCCAGAGCCAAAUGUCUUGCAUGGACAGAGAGGUAUUUGGCUUUUUCCCAGUCUGAGGGCUCCAGUUGUGCCACCCGUGGCUCCUGGCUGCAUUGAUUUUGGGGAUAGACGAGGUCAGUUCUCCAGGCCCAGCACAGGACCCGCCGGAAAGGGGGAGCAGGACUGGAGUUUGGAAACAUUUGCUAACGUGUGGUACAGACAGCCUUUUCUACUCACAGUUCUACACUUUGGGAAAAGUCUCAUCAUGAGCUAACAGCUAACCAAAACCUGAGAACACUGUGUGCUACUGCAGGUGCCUCCUGCUGGGGCUGAGCCGUGCUCAGGGCUGGCACCUCCUCGGGCACCUUCCUUCCUUCCUCAAGGGAAAUUCCUGGCCUGAAACACACCUGCUCCCUGCCAGGAGCAGCUCCUCCUGCCCCUCUGCCCUCCUGGAGUGCCCUUUCCCGGGGGAUCCAGGAGGGCAGAGGGAGCAGCAUCCCCUCCUGCCUGGCUGGCUGAUCCCCCUGCUCGUGCACAACCCCCGGCCCAAGCACGGUCCCCAGCAGCCUGCAGGGAGCAGGGCAAGACCCCAGUCCCCUCCUGAGCAGGGAUUUCACAACAUCAGAGCUGAAGGAAUGGCUCAAAGAGUGUUUGAGGCUGGUUCAGCGCAGGGAUGAUGUUUUGUUUUUUUUAACAUCUGUCAUAACCUGUCCCGAUGUAAUAUUUAUCUGCACAUAUACACACACAUAUAGCUAAUUACAGACACGUACAUGUAUAGGUAAUUAAUGCUGAUUACACAUAGGAGCUGCACCCUGCUUUGGCAGCACUCCUGCUGUGUGUGAGCAAUGGCUGCUGCAUCAACUCGACCCCCUCCUCAGAACCCUACACCAUCCUGGGAACCCCAGGGUAUGGCUGAGCCUCCAGUAGCUGCCCCAGCUUCCAGUCAUUUAUUCCAGGGCUGUAAUAUGUUACCCAAAACUAUGUUUAGUCCUGUUUUAAAAGAUUAAAGUGCUCUGCCUUUUGCUGCUUCCUGUACGAGGUUAUACUGCAGUUAAUCUUACCAUCACUGAGGUUUUUUUUCAAUGUUUUAAUUCAGUUUUUGCUUUGUUUUCAUUAACUGUCAUCAUCUGAGCACCCCUGCCCCUCCAGAUCCGAGGCCUUGCUCUCCACCCCUUGCCAGGUUUGCAACCUCCUCUCCACUGGCACAGAGCGAGGGCGAAAUGCCCCGCGCUGACAGGGGACAGGAACGGAAAUUACAGAGUCAGGGAUUCCCCGUGGAAUCUUGGUGCUGCCUUUCCCAUUCCUGGCUCAGUGGAGCUCUGCACCCGGAGCAGCCCUCGUGGCAGCCCUCGCCCAGAGCUGGGGCUUCUACCCUGUCAGUCAAGCUUUGUGGCAAAGGGAGCACAACAGUCAGAUUCAAGAGGUUAAAAGGAGGAGGAAAACCAGUUCCAGGAGUUUCUGGCUGGCUGCUUGGGCUCCGAUUGCCACGGCCUUUCUUCCACAGAACAGGAAUUGUGACCCUCGCUGGGAAGCACGGCUUUGCCUCUGCCAGGAACGGGGCAGGCGCUGCCCCACGCUGCCAGCUCUCAGCACAGGCUCUCAGGGCACAGAAACACACCGAAUUAAGGAAGCCUGAGCCUAGAGGAACAGGGCUGAAAGUAUUUUCAGUGGGGGCAUUAGCUCUCUUUCUCCUCUGAAGUUGCCCAAGUAAAGCAUCCAAAAGCACCUGGAACUGCGUGGUGGAAAACCUGGGUUUUCCCCAGGAGAGCACUGUGCACCUCUGGGGGCUGCAGGGACAGGGAUCCACUCCUGGAGGGACAGGACAGGGAUCCACCCUGCAGGGACAGG